CGUGCCGGAAGUGGCCGUCCCGCGGUUGCUUUGGUUGGCAGGCCAACUGGUGGGAGAUGCGCGGGCCGCCGGAGGCGAGGAACGCCAGCUAAGGUUAGAGGUUCGGAGGCAGUUUGGAGCCGGGGCUGAGCGGCUGAGCGGCUGUCAGGGCAUGAGCCUGACCAAGCAUUGGGGAGAAUGGUUCCUGAACCUGCGGGUGGCUCCCGCCGGAGUAUUCGGGGUGGCCCUCCUUGCCCGCGUCGCCCUGGUGUUCUAUGGGGUCGUCCAGGACCGGACCCUGCUCGUGAGGUAUACAGACAUCGACUACCACGUCUUCACUGACGCCGCGCGUUUCGUCUCGGAAGGGCGCUCCCCGUAUCUGAGGGCCACGUACCGAUACACUCCGCUGCUGGCUUGGCUCCUCACCCCCAACAUCUAUCUCAACGAACUUUUUGGAAAGUUCCUCUUCAUCAGCUGUGACCUCCUCACCGCUUUCCUCCUAUACCGCCUGCUGCGUCUAAAGGGGCUGCGUAGCCGCCAGGCUUGCGGUUACUGUGUCUUCUGGCUUCUUAACCCCCUACCUAUGGCGGUGUCCAGCCGGGGCAAUGCGGACUCGAUCGUCGCCGCCCUGGUGCUUACGGCCCUGUACCUACUGGAAAAAAGACUUGUCGCGUGUGCCGCGGUCUUCUAUGGUUUCGCAGUGCACAUGAAGAUAUACCCGGUGACCUAUAUGCUCCCUAUAGCUCUCCACCUGCUUCCAGAACGCGACAGUGACGAAGGCGCCCGUCUAUCCCGCUCCUCUUUCCAGGCUCGUUUCUACGAAUUCCUGAGGAGGCUGUGUAGUCGGGCUGUGCUGCUCUUUGCUGCAGUUGCGGGACUCACAUUUUUCUCCCUGAGCUACGGAUUUUACUAUAAAUACGGUUGGGAAUUUUUGGAGCACACCUACCUUUAUCACCUGACUAGGCGGGAUAUCCGUCACAACUUUUCUCCAUACUUCUACAUGCUGUAUUUGACCGCAGAGGGCCGGGGGAGUUUUUCCCUGGGAAUGGCUGCAUUCCUGCCACAGUUCAUCUUGCUUUUAGCAGUGUCUUUCGCCUAUCACAGAGACCUUGUCUUUUGUUGUUUUCUUCAUACGUUCAUUUUUGUGACUUUUAACAAAGUCUGCACCUCCCAGUACUUUCUCUGGUACCUCUGCCUCCUGCCCCUUGUGAUGCCACUAGUGAGAAUGCCCUGGAAGAGAGCUGUAGCUCUCGUGAUGUUGUGGUUUGUAGGGCAGGCCUUAUGGCUGGCUCCUGCCUACGUUCUUGAGUUUCAAGGAAAGAACACCUUUCUGUUUAUCUGGUUAGCCAGUUUGUUCUUCCUUCUUAUCAACUCUUCCAUCGUAAUUCAAAUUAUUUCCCAUUACAAGGAGGAACCCCUGACAGAGAGAAUCAAAUAUGACUAAUAUAUAUUCCAGUUCUUCCGCCACUUCUAUUACCUUGGGAUUGUUCUGAAUGGACCAGAAGAGAGCUUUAGAACAUAUCAUUGAAUAUCCUAAGCACUCUAAUGAGAGUUCAGUUUGGAGCCUAGAACCUUGCUCCACCAGAAAUUAAAACAAAUGUUUGCCUUAUAUAUAAAAGACUCAAUUGACAUCCACCUUUAGGAAGUCUUAGCACUUAUUUAGCUGGGACAUGAUGGGAAGUAAAGGUUACUUGUUUGAAAAUGGAAAGGCUGGUGAAACUGUCAGAUGCUUAAAAGAAAGAUGCUUUGUAGAAAAAUAGAGGAAUAUAGUCAGAGACAUAAGGUCUAAGCCAGUAUUUGUUCCAGUUACAACACGCUACUGCUUGAAGCUGUCUUUUAAUUCCCACUUCUUUCUGAAGCUUUCCCGAUGGCUGAAAGCUCACACAAACUGAAGCGGUUCCUUAAGUACAGCUUUUAAAUAUAAAGUGUUAAAUAAUACUGCUGUGCACAGGUUGGGAAAGUUAAUUCUGUAUUAAAAGUAGGGGCUUAGAAGAUAAAAAAUCCAAAGAAUUUAAUUGUUACCAUGUUUCGCAUAUUUGUUUUGUAAUGGUUUUUCAGAACUUUAUCCCCGUAGUAUUAGACACCCUUUGGCUUUAUACAAAAAGGAUUACAUUGAAAUUCAUCCAUCUUAAACUUGAGUUAUGAUGUAUUUUAAAAUAACAUCUUGCUUUUGAUGUUUGAGGCCCACAGACUGUUAGGACAUUUUUUAGUGUUCUCUUACACCCCUUUUUUGUGUGUUUUUUUUUCUUUUCCCUGACAUCUUUUAUUGGCCUUGGUGUACUUGAGGAGACUGUUGCCCAGAGGGCGACAUCCUUGUGGUACUCAACUCUGGAGAGUAGUGGUCCCUGGGGUGGCCUUUACCAGGUCACUGGAAUGACUGGAAAACACUGGUAGCAGAAAGAAAUGGUUCCCUUCCCAUGGGAAUUCUCGAAGAGGCAUUAGACAUUGGUUUCUGUUUCUCAGAGCUUUUAAGGAUUUAUCUGGGAAUUCAGUCCCUUUUCAGAACACAUUAGCUCCCGUCCUGUAUUUCGUUGUGGUUUAUUACGCCCCUUUGUUUUUAAUUUUCUGAUUUCUAAAAAGCACUUAUAAUUUAGAAUUUAAGUUAAUUAGUGUUAUCUGUGUUGUAAACAUGAACACUCAGUAGAUUUUAGGCUAUAAAAAAUUAAAUUAUUAGUAAGUCAUCUCCCAGGUUAAAACUACCGCUUAUGAAAAUUCCCUGAUGGAAUGUGGGAGGCUCCCGGAAAGCAUAAGAAGCAUCCAAGUAGCCAUUAGUCUUCCAGACCAGGAAACCGUGGGAGAAACUGGAGAAACAUGACCUGAAUGUGCAGAUCCAGUUCCCUUAUUACUAUAAUAUUUCUGGGAAAAGAAUACUUCCUGAGUUUCAAGUAAGCAAUCUAAAAAUUGAAAAAAAAACCUUCCCAGGUUGAGGACUCCUUCACACUUUAAAAAGCAGUAAUAAUACAUGAGUUUGUGGUUUUAAAAGGUAAGGUAAGUUAACAAUAUUAUCUGUCCUACAUAGCAAAACACACACACAAAAAAACAACAAAACACACACACACAAAAAAAGCAUGUCCAGAGAAGUAGGCUAUUUUAUAUCAGUUCUAGCCUAAAAAAAGACUUUGGGAAUAAAAUGUCUCUAGGCUGGUCAUGAUUAAGAAUGCUAUUACUGGCAAUGAUUAUUUGAUGGAUACCUUUUGGAAUCUGCCAUUAAAAAGAGAAGAAUGGGUAGUUUUGCAUGGGUUGCUGUUUGCAGAGACAAUUGUUUAGGACAGUGACCUUUCUUACAACAACUAGUCUCAUAUGCCACAUUAGGUCUUACCUUGAAGGCACUUAGUAUAUGACUAGUCACUAGUGGCCUUCCAGCUAUGGCAUUCUUACUUUUUUUUUUUUACAUUCUUUUUAAUAAUUUUAAAAAGUUUUUUGGUAGAACUGGCCAGAAAGGGUGUGAGAAACAAAUAGAAUUCCAUCAUCCCAAUAUAAUUGUCUUUUUGGUAUUCCUGACUAUUUUUUAAAUAAUCACAAGCAUACUUACUUACUAAUUUUCCUUUUCUUUUUUCUUUAGUAUUCUUUGUUGUGGCUUAUUCUUCAUACUUAUAUUGAAAUUGCUGAAGAACAUUCCAUGGACGUUCACAUUGUCAAUGUAUCAUUCUUCCACAGUUAAACCUUUAAAAUUGCUUCUUAUUUUUUAUAUUCUAAAUAAGACUUUAGACACUUUCUGUGUUUUAGAUCAUUCCCUUAACAUUCUUAGAAGUCAUUGGAGUUCUGUUGGGAUCUCUGGAGGGUACUUCAAAUCCAGAUCCUGCCCUGCAAGAAAUUCUCCGCCAAAGGACUGCAGGUGUCCCUCAAAAGACACAGACAGUAUUUUGUGACUUAUUUGUUGUAAAACAUUUAGUAGAGUAACUCAAGAAAUGAUUUUCAUCCCUUGGAGUUUUUGUUUUCUCAUUUAUUUUUGUUUUCCGGUUUAGUAAAUUCGUUUUUGUCUUCA